UCACGAUGGACCUACAAUCUUCCGCUCUCUUUCCAUAUCAGUCUCUCAAGACCGAUGAGUUAAGAUUGCUACUCGUGAAACCUGGCGACGCUGACUUAAUAUGCGUUGAGCUCAGAACCGUUAAAUCCCGCACGUUCCAAAGAUUCUGGGCCUUGUCUUACGUCUGGGGCGCAAGAGAAAACCCCGCCACUAUCCUUCUGAAUGAUCAGCCAUUCAGUAUCACGAGGAAUUUAUACAAUGCUCUGCAUCAGUAUCGGCGUCAUGUGUUUGACGGCUACGACAGUGAUGCCAAGGCGUUGCUCUGGGUAGAUGCCAUCUGCAUCAACCAGAAUGAUCAGGUUGAAAAGUCAAUACAAGUUCCCCGCAUGUCAGAGAUCUACGGCCAAUGUGAGCGUGUAUUGGCGUGGUUGGGCCCGGUGGAGAGUGACGAGGGAAGUCAUGUUUGCAGAGUGGCACAGAGGCUGAAGCACUUCCAGACACAUGCACAUUCUGUCAGUGAAGACCUUUCUGAAGAUGAUCGAAUCAUAGCGUUCACGAGCUCUGGGCGUUCUGACGAGACAGCCGCAACUGAGGUUGAGUCUGUCCGGAAAGCUUUAAGGUCUAUCGGUCAUCGCCCAUGGUUCCGACGUAUUUGGAUUCUUCAAGAAGCUGUCCUAGCAAAGAAACAGCCGAUCUUGCUUUGUGGACCUCACGAGUUGGGAUACGAGAUCUUCUUCAAGACCUGGGUCUUGAUGUUGAAUCCAUCUGAGGAUGGACAGCUACUUUACUCAUUCAUGGCGGAGAACCCGAUUAGGUUCAAAGCUAUCGAGAUGGUAUAUAAGAAUAUUCUACAGGCCAGAAAGGAAAAGAUUCCAAAAGAAGCAAAAGGACCUGUGGAUCAGGAAAAGCAGUGCGCUCUCGACAUAGUAAAACUCUUGAAUGAGACCACCGAGUUGGAGGCUACGGUGGCUCAUGAUCGUUUAUAUGCCCUUAUCGGGCUCUUGGCCUGCGACCCACUUCCCAAGGCCCUUCAGCCAGACUACACACAAUCUUUUGAAGAGCUCUGUUACAAGUUCACCAUAUUUAUCCUUGAGCAGACUCAAGAUAUCCGCGCUUUGAACUUGGGAACUGUCGGCAACCUCUCGACCGUGCCCUCGUGGACACCUGAUCUCCGAAAUAGCUGGACAGCAAGGUCCAAUCUGACCCCCAGUCCUGGGAAGUGCUUCAAUAUUUCGGAGGAUGGCAAGACUCUUACCAUGCCGGCGAUUAUACUUGGGCAAUGUGUGUCUGUUUGCAAACCCGUCACGCCUGAUCCCGAUACUCGCAUUGUCUCGCCAUUGUCACUCUUGCAAUUUGAUGAGGCUGUAGUCAAAGUAGCGGCAGCUAUAAGAAGAGUUACACGUAUGGAAGUAAUGACCGAGUGGUUCAAAUACCAUCUUGCAGACAUAUACACUGAAGAGCGGUUAACUCAAAAUCCCAUCAUCGUGCAGAGAGUCAUGAUGGCGUAUGUAUGCAUGGUUCACAAUCAGCCCCUCUCCUCACUUGGCACGAGAUUUGGAACAGAAGAACAGUUGCAAGGUGCUUAUGGAAUGGUAACGGACCCCAUUUUUCAGCAGAGCAUGGUUGGAUGCAGCAACUUUGUGCUACAAGAUGGAACGGCAGGACAGUUACUUCAUAGUGAUGCUGUGGCAGCUGUUGGGGAUGCGAUCUGUGUUUUCCCUGGUCUUUCGACUCUUUUCCUUCUACGAAGAAAUGAUGAUGGAAAGUGUCGGAUUAUUGGCCAGGUUUCUAAGUGGGAGAGUAUUGGGGCAAGUUUACCUGCGGAUCAGCUUGAGAGUUACCGUCACUCAUUUGAAGGGGCUCACUUGGGAGAAGAAACUGAGCAUGGGGUAAGACUGCUAAGUCUUGUCUAAAAGUAUAGCGAGUAAGAUCAUCGAUGGUAACGCACCAUAGACGAGCCCUUGUCAGAGU